GCCUGUUUGUCAGACUGGAUCGUCGUUCACGAUGACAGCUCUUCUGUCUGCUAAACAGUACUGCUGCUCGGUUUGUCUGGACAUCCUGAAGGAGCCGGUCAGCCUUACAUGUGGACACAACUACUGCCUAGACUGCAUUAAUAGCUACUGGGACAAAUCAGACGAAGAGGGGAUCUACAACUGUCCUCAGUGCAAUCAAACAUUUAAUGUGAGGCCUGAGGUUAAAAAAAAUGUAAUGUUAAAAGAUCUUAUAGCUCAAUUAAACACAACGAAUUAUGCUGGACCUGAUGAUGUUUCAUGCGAUGUGUGUAACAGGAGAAAACUGAGAGCUGUGAAGACCUGCCUGACUUGCAUGGCCUCCUACUGCGAGACCCACCUGCAGCCACACCAGCAGUCGGAAGCUUUCAAAAGACACAAUCUGGAGGAGCCGAUCAGAAACCUAGAAGAGAAGCUUUGUAUGAAACAUCAGAAAGUUCUGGAAAUCUUCUGUAGGCUCGAUGAGACUUGCAUCUGCUUUAUGUGUGCAGCGACUAACCACAAGAGGCACAAUUCAGUGACUCUGGAAGAAGAGAGAGCUGAAAAACAGUGUCAGAUGCAGAGCAGAAUGGAAGAAAUUAAAAUAAGAAUUGAAGAGAAAGAGAAGAAACUGGAGGAGAUGAAGGAGACAGUUAUCAGGAUUCAGAGCUCUGCAGAAAGGGAAGUGCAGGAACACGAGGAGGCCUUCAAGUCUGUACUGGAGUCCAUUGAGAAGCUGAGGUCAGAAGUCAUUGAUGUUAUUAGAGGUCAAGAGCGGAGGGAAGUGAGGAAGGCUGAAAAGUUCAUGGUGCAACUGGAGAAGGAUAUCGAGGGGCUAAAGAUAAGGGGCGCUGAAAUGGCUGAGCUUUUACAGACAGGAGACCACAUCCAUUUCCUAAAGGUGUUCCCAUCUCUGUGUGUUCCACCUAAAGAUGAAGACAUUGUUAUUAGCAGUGAUUUCCUUCCGGAGACUUUGAAAGCAAGCCUCUCUGAUCUGAAGGAGAGUCUUGAGGAGGUUAGCGCCUGGGAGUUUGUGAACACCAGUGUAUUUCUUUUUCCCUCUUCUGUUGUUAACAAUCCAGAUUACACCCUGAGAAAUCAGAGAAUUACGGCACAACUUUUAGAAUACUCCUGUUCGAUCACCUUGGACCCCAACUCAGCACACAGAUGCCUCUGCUUGUCUGAAGAGAACAGGAAAGUGACACAUGUGGGUACAGUGACCCCAUAUCAUGAUCAUCCUGACAGAUUUGACUUCUUGCCCCAUGUUCUGUGCAGAGAGGCUCUGAGUGGGACCCGCUAUUACUGGGAGGUCGAGUGGAGUGGAGAGUGGACUGAGAUUGGAGUCAUGUAUAAAGGAAUCGACAGGAAAGGAUGGAGUAAAGAGUGUCGCCUUGGAUUCAACAACAAGUCCUGGAGUCUGUGCUGCUCUGAUUUCAGUUACUCUGCCUGGCACAAUAACAUGAAGACUGAAAUCAGUGCCCCUUACAGUCAUAGAAUAGGUGUGUAUCUGGACUGCCUGGCUGGCUCUCUGUCAUUUUAUAGCAUCUCGGACAUAAUGAACCUCCUAUACAGGUUCAAGACCACCUUCACUGAGCCAUUAUAUGUGGGGUUUGCGGUUGGAUGGGACUCCAGUGUGACAAUCUGCCUCUGAAUUAGUUUGACCUUUGACUGGUGCCAUGUGAAGUUCAAUCAAUUUCUUCAGGAAAACAAGGUAUCAUGUUAGCAUUUCUUUUCUGGACUCGGCUGAUACAAAAUAGUAGCUUGAUAUAGUGCUCUCAUCAAAUGAAUAUUUCUGCUAAGAUGAAUUGAAGCAUUGAUAGAAAUAUGCCAGAAAUAUAAGACCAACGUGUCUAAACCACAGUGUUUAAUAUAUAUAUAUAUAUAUAUAUAUAUAUAUAUAUAUAUAUAUAUAUAUAUAUAUAUAUAAGAAAUCCAACGUUCGCCUGGCAGUCUGUAUGUUUGUCCUCUUUUCACGAGAGAACAACGUAACGGAUUUAGAUAGGGUUUUUUUUUCUAGAAUUUGUUUGAACAUUCCGGUUG